AAAUCCGCGGGAACGCUUUAGAAUUAGGGAUUUAGGACCAAUUGUUGUUUCCGUUCAACAAUGGCGGAUCGUUCAGAGAACCCUAACCCUAAAUUGACAUUAACCAACCAAAAUCACUUUGAAACAAAGAAAGAGGAGGGGAAGAAGAAGCUGAAAAAGAAGAGUGAGUUUGAGUUCUGCAAGGUCUGUAAGCUGAACCACAACCAAGGGCCACGUCAUAAGUAUUUCCCUAACCACAAAGCCGCUCACUCCUCAUUCCUCUCUCGAUUCGAAAAUAAGAUCAAUGACGUUCGUUUUUUCUUGAAAAACCCUACCAUUCUUCGACCCGAACACACAGAUCGCAAUCGAUUUUGGUGCGUCUUUUGCGAUACGGAUGUUGACGAACGCGAUAGCUCUUUUGGUUGUGAAAAUGCUAUUAAUCACAUGGCGGGCGCACAUCACUUGAAGAAUUUGAAGCAUUUUCUCUGGCAAUACGGUGGUAAGAUGGAACAAUUGGACAAAUAUAGGAUAUCAGAAACUGAUCUAACUAAGUGGGAGAAGAAGUGUGAGUCUUUGAAGGAUGAAGCAAUGGCUGCUUGUAUUGAAGAAUCUUGUGGAGUUGUAUAUGGAGCUUCAAAUGAUAUCCACAAUUAUGUCAACUAAAAAAUUAAUAAUCUUGGACAAAAUACUCUUAAGAGUCUCAAACCAAGUUAUUCAAAUGUUGUUUUGCCUUUACAAUACAAUACAAAUGAGUAUCAGAUAUCUAAUUCAAGAUUCCCUGAAGUUGCAAACAUUGGGUCAAGUUUUCAUGAGGCUAACUUUUCUUUGCACGUGGGUAUGCAUUCCAAUAUGAGUUUGUUGAACUCGAAUGAUUUGACAGCUAUUAGCAGUAGUCAACAAAAUCUUCUUUACAACAGUGGAAUAUACUCUGGGAAUGUUUGCCUCGGCAAUGUUGGGGUCUGCCAAACGUAUCAGAGUGCAAGUAUGGGUAAUGGAGAAAACAGUUCCCAAGGUUUGCGGAGUUUAAUGCAAGUCUCUUCCAUUUCAACAAUAGAUGCUGGAGGAAAUGUGCAUUCUGGAGCACCCCCUCCCUGGUUUGAAGCAUCUGAUCAAACCUCUCUAAAUAAUCAAGUAAAACCAGCUUUAAAUACCUUUAUGUUGUCAAACAAGUCAUUGAAUUCCCGUAAGUUGAAUCCAAAAAGGGUUGGGGUUGCUUGGGCUGAAAAGCGAAAGAUGGAGCUGGAGAAAGAGAAGAGAGGGGAGAUUGUUGAGAGUGAUUGUGAUGCUAACUGGCUUCCUAAUGUCGGUAGAGUUUGGGAGUCAGGUAGCCGGAAGGAAUCUAGAAAAGAAUUUGAGAGUGAAAAACAGAAGUUCCUCAAGGUUGAAAGUCACUUUGAGAUGCCAGUUAAGAUACAGUCUUACAUCAGUAAACGAAUGCGAAAACAUUCUGGUGAACUAUGACCAGUGAUUUUGCAAGGAAGACGACUCACAAUGCUGACAAUCAAAUAAUCAAGUAGUGUUCUUUUGUUUUUCCCCUCUACGGUGAAUUUGAAUUUUCACUAUGAGAAACUUUGAGGGAAGAAAGGAGUAGGUCAUGGACUCCUGGUGAUUUCUCCCUGUGAUAUUUAGCCGAUUCCCUAAAUGUAUUAUUUUUCCAUCUCUGAAAGUUGUGUACAGUGUGCAGCAGAAUAAAUAAUUUUCCAUUUCGUGCACUCAUUUACUUGUCUCACAAAUGUAUAUGUAUGUCUCUGUUGUUUCUGAAGCAAUCAGAUUUGCUAUUCUGGAUUGGGACAAUGGAUUUCCUAGCUUUGGUGCCCAGAUUAAUAUAAUCGGCAAACCUUACCAAGGGCUUAUUUCCGUUGGUAUAUCAUGAGAUUCAACUCAUGCAAGAUUAUAAUGAAAACUGUUAGUACUUACCAAGUGCCAUAUAUAAUAUUUAUAUAUCUAUGUGUAUAUGUUCUCUAAAUUUACACAUGAAGAAAAUAUGCAGCAAGGCAGACGCACACUUCAGUUCCAG